CAGUCUCUGAAAACAACUCAGUUCCUCCUUCCUCAAGCAAAGCCCCAAAAAUCCAACUCGGAUAACCGACUCAGUGAGCGUGAACUGAGUCGCUGCCAUGGAAAGCCAAGAUGGAACUCAGCAACCACACCUGGUUCUCGCUCACAAGCUUUUCCUUCUCACCCACCCUGACGCUCAAGACAUCGAGAAAGUUCGCCUGAAAGAAGAGGUGUUCGCCGCUGUUAAAGUCGACGAUAUGGCUUCGUUAUACGAAACCCUAGCCGCCGAUUCGGUGCUGGAAAUGGAUCAGGCUGUUUUGGAUACAAUGCGUGCGAAGAUCGAUGAUGAGCUGAAGAAGCUUGAUGAAAAGAUUGCUGAUGCUGAAGAGAACUUAGGCGAAAGUGAAGUUCGGGAAGCUCAUCUAGCUAAAUCCUUGUUUUACAUUCGGAUUGGUGACAAGGAGAAAGCAUUGGAGCAACUCAAAGUAACAGAAAGCAAGACAGUGGCAGUUGGACAAAAGAUGGACUUGGUGUUCUAUACGCUUCUGCUUGGUUUUUUCUAUAUGGAUUUUGAUCUCAUUUCCAAAAGCAUUGAUAAGGCAAAGAACUUGUUUGAAGAGGGAGGUGAUUGGGAAAGGAAGAACCGUUUGAAGGUGUAUGAAGGCCUGUACUGCAUGUCCACUAGAAACUUCAAGAAGGCAGCCAAUUUAUUUUUGGAUUCGAUCUCAACCUUCACAACUUAUGAACUUUUCCCUUAUGACACCUUCAUAUUCUACACUGUCCUUACAAGCAUUAUAUCACUGGAUAGGGUUUCCCUGAAACAGAAGGUAGUGGAUGCUCCUGAGAUUCUGGCAGUGAUUGGAAAAAUCCCUUAUCUAUCAGAGUUUCUUAACUCUCUGUAUGAUUGUCAAUACAAAUCGUUUUUCUCGGCAUUUGCUGGCCUUGCGGAGCAAAUAAAAUUGGACCGCUAUCUGCAUCCACACUUCCGGUAUUACAUGAGGGAAGUCAGGACUGUAGUUUAUUCUCAAUUUUUGGAAUCUUAUAAGAGUGUUACCAUUGAAGCCAUGGCAAAGGCCUUUGGGGUGACAGUGGAGUUCAUUGAUUUGGAGUUAUCACGUUUUAUUGCAGCAGGGAAGCUUCACUGCAAGAUUGAUAAAGUUGCAGGUGUUCUAGAAACCAACCGACCUGAUGCAAAGAAUGCUCUUUACCAAGCAACUAUCAAGCAAGGAGACUUCUUAUUAAACCGGAUUCAGAAGCUGUCUCGUGUUAUUGAUCUGUGAAAUUGGUAAGCAUUCAGCCAUUUGAAGUGAUGCCCAGUUUGAAAUUACUGAAGAAUCACGAAAAACGUCUUGCCAGAUGUCUUUUCAUGUGAAGAACACAACUACAACUGAGGUUUAUUGUCUUUGUUCUCUGACCUUAUGAAAGAAUUUUUUGCGCAUGUUGAUUUUCAGAUCAAGUUGAGCGAGUUGUUUGCAUGGUGUUUACGUUGUAAAACAGUCUGAUUCCCAUAACUGGGUCCCAAUCAAACUUCCAAUUAUCAUUUUUAAAACCUCCAAAAAAUAUGAACAAACAGCCCAGCUUGGUUUUCUUGUGCUC